AUGUGUGGGGAGUUUUUUUUUUAUUUCGAAAGAGGAGUCUGGUGUGAUCCGUGUAUUCGUAUCAAGGUUCGUCUGAAACCGGAGGCUCCUGAGAGAAUCCCCCUUUUGUUCGGCUCAACCUGUUUCGUGGUCAAAAUUGUGAUCUCGCCGGAGGCUGAUCGGCCGGAAGCUGAUCUGAGGAGAGACCGCUUGAUUGAUAGGAAGAUGAAGCAACUGGAUUUUUCAGUUCUGGAAAAAGUCGGUGAGGCGUGCGUUGCUGCGAGUGUCAUGGCCAAUCCCAAGAAGCAUUGUGACCUGUUCCCAGUUUCAAGGAAGCGGAACAGUCGUGUUUUCCUUGACGUGCAUGGCAAUGCUGUCCGUGGGCCAAGAUAUCAUGUGGGCAUAGGAAAACCUGUUAAGAAGGUUUGGAUCCGCAAGUUUGGGCCGAGCCUGAGGCCCAUUGACCUCACCAUGAGUCGAACCGACCCUUUACUUGAGACGUGCCAAACCACCGUUUCAAUCGACCCUAGCACCUGCACUCCCCACCUCCCCCCUCCCCCAUCUCGGACCCUCUACCCAACCUCUGACACCCUCGGUGAACUCUGCUUACCACCCCUCCCCCUCUUCCCAAACCCUACCUUGUCCUCAACCAACCCUGCAACUUUCACAGUAGCCUCAUCCUCGAUUCAGCCCUCUCAAUCUUCUUUUCUUCCAUACCUCCUUGUAUAUUGUCCUUCCCAUCCUAUUCCCAUCCAUUCAUUCAUAAAAUCUUGA